AUGAGCUCGAUACCCAAGACACCGUCGCGCUAUCGUUCCCGCUCAGAUGCAAAAACACCGCUGACUCCAUCGUUGCUCUCGGCGCUGAACGCCUUUUCGAUAUCCCCCACCAAAGGUCACAAACAGUCCACCCGAGCUGCUGAUCUAUCCAAUCCUUUCAUCUCCCGUUCACGACCAGUAUCGCCAGCCAAGCGAACCACUUCAGCUGGAGUCCCUGCAUACGACUCUUUCCAGAGACAGGCCAGUGGUGGUGUCAUCAGAAAGGGCGGCGUAGAAAGCAGGCUUGAUGUCGUCUCUCGAGACUACGUUCCACCCCAAUCACAGCCAAAGACCGAGCUCAAACGCUCUCGUUCGACGCCUGCAACCCGUGAUAGAGCUCACUCCAACGGCGAUCGCUUCAUUACCAACCGUGAAGAGACAGAGGUUGCAGCUACCCUCGAACUAAUGAGUCUCAAUCCCAAGUCUGCUUCACCAGGGCACACAGCGCGUCUCGCCGCAGCUGCUGGCGUACCGCUAAAUCGUCGUGUCUUAGCAUAUCAUGAAGCCCCUCCUGCGUCUUCAUCUGACUCAUCACUCGCCCAGCAGCGUGAGAUCGCCCGUCCAUUAUAUGCCCGUCCAGGUGCUUUGCCUUCAUCUACCGGCACGACCACCAAUAAAUCGCGCCGGAUCCCCACACAACCUGAGCGUGUUCUUGAUGCUCCAGGUAUGGUUGACGAUUUCUAUCUCAAUCUUGUGUCCUGGUCGUGCCAGAAUGCUGUUGCUGUCGCACUGGCCGAGAGUACUUACAUAUGGCGCGCCGACGUCGGCGCUGUCUCUCAUCUUUGCGAGGCUCCCGAGGGCUCAUACGUCUCAUCGGUUGAUUUCUCAAAUGACGGCGCGUACCUUGGUAUAGGCCUUGGUACCGGCGAGGUCGAGUUGUGGGACGUGGAAGCUGGGCAGAAACUCAGGACAAUGGCUGGACAUCAGGGUCAGAUAGCUGUACUCUCCUGGCACGCCCACAUUCUUAGUUCAGGUUGCGGAGAUGGUAGUAUAUGGCAUCAUGAUGUGCGUGUUCCGAGACACAAGGUCAUGGAGUUACUUGGACACACCGGUGAAAUUUGCGGUUUGAAAUGGCGAGAAGACGGUGAGCUGCUUGCAAGUGGGGGAAAUGAUAACGUCGUCAACAUUUGGGAUGGGCGUGUGGGCGAUGUUGGGGAAGGUACGCAAGGAACAGCAAAGUGGACUAAGCGUAAUCAUACAGCUGCUGUCAAGGCCAUCGCAUGGUGUCCGUGGCAACCUUCUCUUCUUGCUAGUGGGGGCGGCACGAACGAUGCCACUGUUCACAUAUGGAACAGCAGCACUGGUGCCCGUCUACACUCCUUGAAGACACCUUCUCAGGUGACAUCUAUUCAAUGGUCUCCUCAUAAGAAAGAGUUCAUGACAACACACGGGUACCCCACAAACGCCAUCAUGGUACAUGCUUACCCCUCUCUCGAGCGCAUCGCUGAGAUCAGAGAUGCACACGACUCCAGAGUGCUAUACUCAGCUGUUUCGCCAGCUGGGGAUGUGGUCUGUACUGGGGCUGGGGACGAGAAUCUCAAAUUUUGGAGAAUAUGGGAAGCUGCCUCUACGAAGAAGAAAAGAGUUGAUGGAAAGGAGAGAUCGUCAUCGACUACACGCUCUGGUAUUUUAUCGAUACGGUAGUUGUUUCGCACUUGACCGGUUUUGACCGUUCUAUCUCACAUGCUCAUGAAAAUUCAUGUCGUUAAUGAUA